AUGCCGAGUACCACCCGUGCUAUCAAAGCAUGCUUCGAGAGGAAAAACGAGAAACGCGGACCGUGGAAUAAGCAAGUCGGAGUCCAAAGCUAUUUUAAACAAACAGGUGUUUUUGUUCCGGUAGACCCUGGUAAGUACACUUUUGUGCUUACUUCUCUGUAUUUUAAUUAGCCGGCGGAUGUAAUCAGUGUACCAGACCGUAGUACAAAAACCUUGCUAACAUUGCGAACAAAAGUGACCGGUUAUUUGUUUCAUUCCGUAGCAAAGGUAUAUGCCGUGACUGCAGGCCGAUUAUUGAUGUUAAAGAAAAAACAUUGAAAGAUGCGCAAAAAACUACUCUGAACGUCGCAGACAUUAGCGAGGGCACCGGAAAAAUUAUCUUGGUAAGUUUGAUCAUUUUGAUGACUUGCAUAAUUCUGGCCCUUAAAGCAUUUAUUAAAUUAACUAAUUAGGCGCCUUUUUGUUUAAUUAUGCUUUGUCGCUCUUUAUAAGAGAGAGUCAAGUUUGCUCCACGCAAUUAAUUACUGUCAAUAAAAAUAUGUCAUAGGGAUCCGUUUCGUUAGGACUAAUAUUAUCCACUUUUUCCCCUCCUAAAAAUAGGGAAAGCCUUUGGAAACAAGAUAGUAAUAUUACAGAAACACCGAUGAGAAUGUACUUUAAGACACUAUUUUCGUUUGUAGGACAAGGAUUCCCCACCAGUGCACAGCACUCCCAUUACACCAGGAGGGAGUUUUUACCUUCCCCCGUGCGAAGACACAUUCAGCGACGUCAGUUUCGACGAUGUACAAGUCUCUCAGAAUAGGCCUCUACAUGCUUUGAAUACAUAUUUGGUUUCCAGAGAUGUUAGUCCCGUUAGGUCUCAGCUACAAACUUCGUGGGAAAAGACAAGUGGACGGACAAAGCGCUACUAUACACGGAAAGCUAGUCAAGGUGUGGCAGCUUUAAUACAAGAUAUGACACCACAUGAAACAGGCCCCUUGUUCCGCGCACUGUGUUCUUCAGACGCGCUGCGCCGCCAGCUCUCUGAUGAGGAAGAUUCAGAUGAGGACAACAUGGACGUGACGCUAAUGGAGGCACUUGCCGAAUGUUACCAAGCUGCUAGUCGCUGGGAGACGCGCCGCCAGAUACUUUCCAUCAUGGCAGAUAAGGUGCGUUACAAAACACUCCUCAAGUUUAUCCCUGGUCUGACCAAAUAUCGCUUCACAGAAGCCAAACGCCGCUGUUUGACCUAUGGAAGGAGAGCUCCAGUACAGUCAGUAAGAGCACCUAGGACAGACGUUACCUUCUCACAGAUAGAACAUUUUAUCGCGUUCAUAACAAGCUCGCAAAUUGUACAAGAUCUGCCAUUCGGAGAAAGGUCCAUAACAAUUAGCAACAAAGAGACCAUUAAGAUCCCAAACGUUAUCAGAAUGAUGAUCCCUGAAAGGGUGGUAAAACAGUACCUGGCAACUGCGACGAGUCUGGUUUUAAGCCUCUUAGCCGCAGUACUCUUUUGCGUAUUCUAG